AUGAAUAAUAUAAAAGAAAUUGCUGAUAUUUUUAAAAGAGAUAAAGGAGAAAAAGAAGAACAUGAAGAAUAUAAAGGAUAUAGAGAAGAAAUAGAAUAUAAAGAUAAUAUACCUCAAGCAUCAAAAAAAAAAUUAAAUUUAAAUAAUUUACUAGUAACUACUGAAAUAUUAAAAAAACAUUAA